AUGGACCAAGAUACGCACCAAGAUACAGAAUCUCUAGUGUUGCAGCUGCUGUUGGAAGACGUGGACACCAAUAUUGACUGGUUCGAGACACAGCAGCAGCUGCUGAAGGCUUCAAAUCAACCAGCCAACAGGCUAGAAGAACUCGAGCCCGACGAGCUGGUGGCAUUGCGUCUAUGGAAAACCGAAUUUGAAAGAGUAAGAGUCACCUUGGGUGACAUUCAGACGGCCACAGCGCUGUCACUCCAGGUAAAAAGGACAUUCACCAAACGUAUUUCUGCCGCUAUCGAAAAACUACUUCUCUCUUUCUGUGACGUCUACUUGGAGCUGCUAUUGGAAGACUUGAACACCAAGAUUGACGGGCUCAAAACACAGCUGCAGCUGAUGAAGGCAACAGAUCAAUCGAUCGACUUGCUAGAAGAACUCAAUCCCGACAGGGGAGUGGCACUUCGUAUAUGGAAAUCCGAAAUCGAAAAACAAAGAGUCAUAUCGAGUGACUCCCAGAUGGUCACAGCUGCGUCGCCCCAGGAAACAAAGACAUUCGCCAAACAUAUCUCUACCGCUAUCCAAAAAUUACUUCUCCCUCUCAAGAACAUCAUGCGGUCUAUCAAAGCCUCGGUAUCGACCCACUCCAAGCCCGAGGUCUGCACCUCCUGUACAGAAGUCCGCAGCGAAGUCUUCAAAACACAGUGCUCCCACAUCUAUUGCAAGAACUGCCUAAUUCAUAUGGUAACAAAAUCUCUACAAGACGAAUCAUCGUUCCCCCUUCAAUGCUGCCACAAGCCAAUCGAAGGCUCGAGCAUGAAAAAGAUGAUAGGACCUGCAUUAGCCCAAGAACAAAAGAAGAGGCAAACCGAGAUCAGCGAUCCAGACCGAACCUACUGUUCACAUGCAAAAUGCUCACGAUAUAUCCCACCAGCAGUAAAAUUCUGGCCAAAAUUUACUUCCCAGACCGUUGGCACCUGCAAGUGUGGCGUACGGACGUGCAGGAAGUGCAAGAGGAAUGCACAUGCGGGCAAGUGUCUGUAUCAACUAGACCAGUCGUUGGAGAAAUUGAUGAAGAAGAAGAAAUGGCAACGGUGUGCUAAAUGUGGCCGUGUGAUUGAGCUCAGUCAGGGCUGUCCUCAUAUCACGUAA